CUUGUUUGUAACUAACAAUCUUUUUCAUUAAUUUGGGAUGAAGAAGAACAAGUAUGUUAAUUAAAGUUACAUCAAUUUUACAUUUACAUCAUUUAAAUUUGAGGGGUGUUUCUGUUUGUUGAUUUCGUGUCUCCAUACUUAGGUCCAAGGAAGAGAGAGAAAAAAAUUGAGAAUAACAGAACAGAAUCAUAUUCGUAUUCAUGUGCUGUAGCUGAAGGCAUAACAUACACACUGACCCAUAACAUAAUAAACCUUUUUUUUUUCUUUCUCUCUCUCAAGCCAAAGACGGUGCAAGACCAAGAUCUUCUUCAGCUCCUUCAUAGGUGCAUGAGUUUCAGAUUGAAUUGGUUUUUGGGCACCAAAUAGCAAUGGCCACGGUGGAGAGGAUCCUGUUGGCCCUGCAAAAUGAGGGUGCAGGAGGAGAAUCCUUGUUGGGGUCAAUCAAAAUUGCUGUGAUGCCCAUAGUUAAAGUGUUCACCAUGUGCUCCUUGGGACUCCUUAUGGCUUCCAAGUAUGUUAACAUCUUGCCUGCUUCUGGAAGAAAGCUUUUGAAUGGGCUGGUGUUUACUCUCUUGCUACCUUGCUUGAUUUUCUCCCAAUUGGGACAAGCUGUUACCUUGGAGAAGAUGCUUGCUUGGUGGUUUAUUCCUAUGAAUGUUGUUCUGAGUUCCAUAGCAGGCUCACUCAUUGGUUUUGUUGUUGCCACGAUUGUCCGUCCUCCAUACCCUUUCUUUAAGUUUACAAUUGUACAGAUUGGAAUCGGGAAUAUUGGGAAUGUUCCACUUGUCCUGAUUUCUGCUUUGUGUCGAGACCAAUCCAAUCCCUUUGGAGACAUGGAAAAAUGCAGCACAGAUGGAACUGCCUAUAUAUCAUUUGGCCAGUGGGUUGGUGCUAUCAUCCUAUAUACAUAUGUAUUUCAAAUGUUGGCACCUCCUCCAGAAGGCUCAUUUGAGAUUGAUAAUGAAAGUGUUCCCUUAAAGAGCACUCCAAUGAGUGAUGCUACACCUGAACAAGCUCCAUUGCUCGCUAAGGAGGAGGGGGUCACUUCAACAGCUCAAAAUAAGAAGUGGGAGAUUAAAGACGUCUUGGCAUUCCUGUAUGAGAAAUUGAAGCUUAAGCAAAUUCUUCAACCCCCUAUCAUUGCAUCAAUCCUUGCCAUGACACUAGGGGCAAUCCCAUUUCUCAAGAAACUGAUCUUUACACCUGAUGGCCCACUGUUCUUCUUCACAGACAGCUGCAUGAUCCUUGGGGAGGCCAUGAUUCCUUGCAUUCUGUUGGCACUAGGAGGCAACCUUAUUGAUGGACCUGGAAGUUCAAAACUUGGUUUUCAGACAACUGCUGCUAUUAUUUUUGCAAGGUUACUUAUAGUGCCUCCUGUUGGACUUGGGAUUGUCAUGUUGGCUGACAAGCUUGGUUUUCUUCCCCCUGAUGAUAAGAUGUUUCGAUUUGUCCUCCUCCUUCAGCAUUCAAUGCCAACAUCUGUCCUUGCAGGUGCUGUUGCUAAUUUAAGAGGUUGUGGAAGGGAUGCAGCUGCUGUACUGUUUUGGGUUCAUAUUUUUGCUAUAUUCUCAAUGGCAGGAUGGAUUAUUCUAUAUCUAAACAUACUCUUCUGAGACUGUAUAUAGCAAUUUGAUCCAAUUCAUUUUGAUGCUAGAUUAGUGGAGAAACACCAAUAUUUUAUACAAAGAGCCUUUAUAUGAUGAUCACGAUCAAAAUGUCUGCUUUCUACCGAUUUAUGUUUGUUAAGAAAAGCUGGAAAACACCCUUUUCAAAGUUUAAUUGUUUAUUUUAAACCAUUAGUCUACUAACUAUUCCAAAUUGGUUUGGAGAA